AUGAAGGACAUCAGGAACAUUAUGGAAUCCAAACCGUCAGCUCCUUCGCCAGUGUUGAUUCGUCAGGUUGAGUCACCGGAGGAUCUCGCCGCCGUCAUCAAAUGCUUCCACACCUACACCGAAUGGCUCGACGAAGACCUUUCGCACCAAAAUUACGAAUCCGAGCUCGCCGGACUGCCGGGGAAGACGUGCUCUGGGCUGCGUCGCGUCGCGACCUGUGACGCUUCCGUCGAGUCACCCCAAGGCCAAGCAAGGCCAUCGCUGCGCGGAAAUGAAGAGGCUGAACAAGGGUACAACGAAGUGUUUCUGGACACCCUGGCGAGGAUGGAGGCCGCUAUCAAGCUGUACAAGUCGGAAGGGUUUCUCGAGGCAGAACCCUACAACAACAGUCCGUAUGCAGGUACAGUGUAUCUAGCUAAAGAAUUAGAGUAG